AUGCCAGAACAGAAAUGAUUUUUUGAAAUUAUUCUAUUCGUUUUUCUAUUAAUGUAUUUAGAUCAAUUUCUUUAUAUUUUCAAUAAAUAUAUGCUUCCUUCUUGCAUUAUCCUCUUUUUUAUUACUUCAACACUUGGAUUAGAAAUUUCAUGAAUCCCAAAGACAAGAUCUCCUCCAUCUUCAAGACACUAUUCAACUAUGGACUAUUUCCCAUCAAAUAAUUCAUUAGUUAUUUUUGGAGGAUAUGACACAGACUCUAUGACUUCUUAUAAUGACCUAUGAAUGUUCAGCUUUACUUCUAAUACUUGGCAAAGGCUCUCUACAACUGCAAACGUCCUUCCAGGUGAUUUUUAUAUAGAUCAGCGUUACUCUUCAGCGUCUUUUGCCGAUGAUACAAAAAGCAUUUUUUAUAUAUUUGGAGGAAGAACUUCCAACGGUCCCCAAAAUGAUUUAUGGGCUUUUUCUAUGAAAUAUUUCAUGGUAUUGUUUAUGUAG